GACGGUCUUGAGUUUAUGCAAUAACUGUCAUGGCUGCGCCCAUGUCGACGGACACUGGAAGUUAUAAUAUUCCAGUUUUAACUCCAAAUGACGUUCAAAAUUUUAGUUUUAUAGUAGAUAAUGUUAUUGGUGAAAAGAAGAAGCCUAGAAACUUCUUUAUGCCGUUUGGUACUGCUCCUCAGAUGCCAAAAUCAAAAGAAGAAGUAUUCAUUACUGCAUUUUUUGAAAGUUGUUCAUUCAGAGCCUCCGCAAGUUGUGUUGCAGGUUUUGCACUAGGAGGAGCGUUUGGUCUGUUUACAGCUGGUAUUGAUCCAAUGUCUACCAUGACAACAGAGACACCAACCACUAGGAUAGUACUCAAGGAAAUGAAAUCUAGAUUCUUUUCAUAUGGUAAAAACUUUGCCUUAGUGGGUUGUAUGUUUGCUGGAACAGAAUGCUGCCUAGAGUCAUACCGAGGAAAGACAGAGUUAAUCAAUGGUACGAUAUCAGGAGGAAUAGUUGGAGGUGUUUUAGGUUUAAGGGCUGGACUAAAGGCUGGCAUGCUUGGAGCAGCAGGAUUUGCAGUAUUUUCUACAGCUAUAGACUAUUACAUGAGACACCAUUAACACAGGCUAAACCCACCAGAUAUUCACAUGGUGGGCUUAUUUUAAACACAGACUAAACCCACCAAAUACUCACAUGGUGGGCUCUUAUUUAAAAAUAGACUAAACCCAACUAACAUAUAGAUUGGAGACUUUUAACAUAUUAUUUUGUUAAUUGUAUUUAUUGGAAAAGAACUAGCCCAAAGAAGAGUUUGUAUGAAUAUCAUUGUGUGUAUAAGUAAAAGUUUAUUGGCUUGUGUGAAGAAUCUGGGAUAAAAAACAAGUUCAAAGUUUUUUACCUUGUAUUAAGAGUAGGACUAUAUAAUCUUUUUAACUUGUUGAAUGUUAUUGUGUAUUAUAUUUGUGAAUGAAUAAAUGUUUUUGAAGA